AUCUCAAGACCAGAGAAUGGCAGGUGAACAGAAACCCUCAAGUAACCUCUUGGAGCAGUUCAUUUUAUUAGCCAAAGGUACCAGUGGCUCAGCCCUCACCACUCUCAUAAACCAGGUGCUGGAGGCUCCCGGAGUUUAUGUUUUUGGAGAACUGCUGGAGUUGGCCAAUGUUCAGGAGCUUGCAGAAGGAGCAAAUGCUGCAUAUUUGCAGUUGCUGAACUUGUUUGCCUAUGGUACAUACCCGGAUUACAUAGCCAACAAGGACAGCCUGCCAGAACUGAGUGCAGCUCAGCAGAACAAGCUGAAGCAUCUUACCAUCGUGAGCUUGGCAUCAAGAAUGAAGUGUAUCCCCUACUCUGUGCUGCUGAAAGACCUGGAGAUGAGGAAUCUCAGGGAACUGGAAGACCUUAUCAUUGAGGCUGUCUACACUGACAUCAUCCAGGGCAAACUGGACCAGCGAAAUCAGCUCCUGGAAGUGGAUUUCUGCAUUGGCCGUGACAUCCGGAAGAAAGAUAUCAAUAACAUUGUCAAGACCUUGCAUGAGUGGUGUGACGGCUGCGAGGCAGUUCUCUUGGGCAUUGAACAGCAGGUUCUGAGAGCCAACCAGUACAAAGAGAACCACCACCGGACUCAGCAGCAGGUGGAAGCCGAGGUUAGCAACAUUAAGAAGACACUGAAAGCAACAGCAUCCUCCUCCGCUCAGGAAAUGGAGCAGCAGCUGGCUGAACGGGAGUGUCCCCCCCAUACUGAGCAGAGGCAGCCCACUAAGAAGAUGUCCAAAGUGAAAGGUCUGGUCUCCAGCCGCCACUAGGGCCGGCUGGGGCAGCUGGCACUCAGCAGGCCUGGGUCAGGUUGGGAGGGGACACCCAGGGCCUAUUUCCUUCCGUCCCUCUCUAACUGCAGUGAGUUCCAGAUCUGCCCGCCCCUCACCAGUACCUCCCCAUCCAUUGGUACCAUUGCGGAAAAUGAUCGCUCCUCCCUUGCCUCCUUCCCUAGUUGUUCCCUUCAGACUCAGGGGCUCAAUGGAUGCCAUCCUAACAGGGUCCAGCACUGCCCGGCUUCCCUGCAGGGGUCCUUGUCUCAGUGAUGGGCUACCUCCCUCCCAGUUGUCCUUUGCUCCCUGUCAUCUUGUCAGGCUGGUCCUAAGCUGGAGGCAGUUUACCCAGCCCCAAGGGAUGACUGUGGAGGUGGCUCCUCUCUGAGUGAAGAGGGGGCCUUGCUUCUCUAGCCCCAUGGACCACAGUACCCACAAUGGUGCAAGUGUCUCCAGCCAGGUAGCCACAUGUUCCCUCUCCUGCCUUACCCCUGUUGGCAGUGCCAGUUGAGGCCAUGGAGGGAUGUGGUACUGGGCUAUGUUUACUAAACCUUUGGGUUUUCAGCCUCUUAAGCCCAGCCAGGAUCUCUCAUCAAGUUGGGGCACUGGGCUGACUAACCCCUGGUGUCUGAUACCAGUGGAGGGUGCUUGGGCCUGUGGGCAGCAGAAGGUGUUUCUCCUAGCUUGGUGUCCUCUGCUGGCUGCUCUUGCUGCUGUCUCUGACUGCACAGCCCUGAUUUGGCAUUUAGACCCAGCUGCCCACUGGGAUUGUCUGCCAACAUUUGCUCUCCCGAGAUCUUUCAUGCCUCCUGGCUGCCCCUGGGGUAGGAGUGGUGGUGCCCAAGCCCCUCAGACUGGUGAAGGACCAUUGCUGCUUCUUUCUCCUUCCUUGCCACCCCUCCUUGUCUGGCGACCCAGAGCCCUCUGAUGACAUCAUACUCCACUCCUGGCCAGAGAAAAGGACUUGACUAGACUUUCUGAACUUGAACAGUUUCAGGUUAUAUUUUAAUUUUUUUUUUUUUUGUACAGGUUGAUUCUAAUACAUUUCAACAUGCCUUUUUCUCCCUUUGUGUCAAUAUUUGUUAUAGUCUAAUCGCCGGGGAUUUCUCACUUGCUUGGAGGGUGUGU